ACUUAUAGAGUGCAUUGUUUGCACCUCACAACCUUCUGCCUACAGUACAGGCCCACAGUAGUCGCAUGUGUGUGCAUCCACCUGGCCUGCAAGUGGUCCAACUGGGAGAUCCCCGUUUCUACAGAUAGCAAACACUGGUGGGAGUACGUGGACCGCACUGUAACGUUACAGCUGCUGGAUGAGCUCACACAUGAGUUUCUUCAGAUCCUGGAAAAGACUCCCAGCAAACUGAAGAGGAUACGAAACUGGAGGGCUAUUCAAGCAGCUAAGAAGCCAAAGACAGAGGGCCUAACAGUGGAUAGUGCCUUUCAGGGGACAUCCUUAGAAAGCAUUUCUGGUGUCUCCAACUCGUUCUUCCCCUCUACGUCAUCAGACUCUUUAGACAUGCCCUCCCUUAACAGCAUCGCAGCCUCCUACGCCUCGUACCAGCCACUGUGCGAUCAGUCAAAGAGCUGCGACUACGACCAGUUCUCCGAACCUCACCUUUCAGACUUCACACUGGUGAAACACGAACACAAAGCUGCAGGCGGAUCUAGUAGUAAACACCCGCAGCUCAAUACAAACACCGCCACUUUUUCACGGCCGCAGAAAGUCUUGACCCUGGAAAAGUACAGAGAGAAACAUGCGGCGGACCUGGCCUCUCAGAAUGGUAUGAAGGAUGAGUCGAGCACAGACAUGUACGCACAUCCCCCGGCUCUCUCCUUGCACCACCACAAGAAACGCUCUCAGGCACAGCAGGCCAGCCAGUCAGGUGAGAGCAGGAGAGAUAAGACCAGCUCUAAAAAGGCUCGGCUGCCUCCUUCUUAUGCAGAGAACGGCUCUGCCACGAGCGAGGAGCUCAAGAUGAGAAUUAAAGUUUCAUCAGAGCGUCAUGGAGGCUCAGAGCAGGGUGGGACUCUGACUGGUAAAGACAAGCACAAAGAGCAUGGCCACCGUCACUCAAAACACAGCCACUCGCACCCUUACUCCCUCAGUGGAAACAGCAGAGGGACAAUAGAGAACGCCUCCUUAUCCAUACGAGCUCCCGACGUUGGCUCCUCCGGCUCGUCUCGUAAAAGGCCUCACUCUGACGCCGGAAACCACAACCACCACCACCACUCGUCCAAGAGCAGCAGGAGCUCUAAAGGAGGCAUUGGCUCGGCCCACUACUCAUCCGAGAGCGGGAGCAGGAUGAUGGAACACCAUGGCCACGACGGAACCAACGGUAUGCUGACCUCCAACGGCCAACACACUGACUACAAAGACACUUUUGACAUGCUGGACUCUUUACUAAGUGCCCAAGGAAUGAACUUGUAACCCUCGGAGAGUCCACAGUGUUGUCUAGAAUAAGGUAUUACCAUGUUUAAUAGUUUAAAAAAUGAAUUUAUUUGUCUUAAGUUAUCUGAAUUCUGCAUCGCCCUCAGUCGUGUCUACACACUGAUUACUGAUGAUUCUUGUUCAGCUGUCAAAUGUAAAAUGAUAUGCAUAGAGCUGUGUACUACUAGCUUGCAACAAAAAACAACCAUGAGAAGUUUUAAGAACGGGGCUGGAAUAAUGAGAUUUUAAACCAUUCUUUUAACGCAAGAAGACAUUAUGAUUUUAAUGUGCAUGUUUUAAGUCACAAAAGGGAAGACAAAGCUAGUGUUCACAGCUAUUGUGACAGUUUACAGAUGGUUAAUGUUUUUUUGUAUGUUAAGACAUUUUGUUCCACUUAAAAUCUCAGGUCUUGAACUUUUUGAUAUAAGAACGAAUCUUCCUCGGUUUGGGUUUAUUACCUGUAUCUGUGGAGAUGUAUCACCUCGUCCAUUUGCUGACGACGGCAGAACAGUAUCUGUCUUAGGAAACAUGGUCUGCUUACUUUUAAAAGGAGUGCAUUAAUAGAUCAGAAAUAAAAAUACAAAUGUAAGGCAGACUCUAUUGGGACUUCCAAGGCCGGACCUGAACUUAAUGUGCAUACUCAUUAGAGAGCUACAAAUAAAGUUUACGUAACAUCUGCUGUGAAAGUGCAUUUAGGAUAUAUCGGCUAAAAUUGCAAGGGCCUUGUGAUUGUACCUUGUCAACCGCUAUACAGUAUGAUAAAUGUUAUCAGAAAAUACAGGUUUCUUAAAUAAGAUUGUGUAUAUAGGACUGUAGUUCAGAUUUCAAUCUGUUGGUUUAUUGCAUCAGUCCAGACCUUCCUCCAUUCAGUGUAUCAUGAGAUCUAAUGCAGACCCUAUAUUGAUGAACAUAGCCUCGAUUUGUGUAUUGGGAGCCCAAAUAAAGGUGUAAAAUUGA